AUGAGCGAAUAUAACUGGAAUCCAUAUCUAGACGAGAUAAUGCAUGCUACGAUAAUCGAUUUUCAGCUAUUCUCCAUGGCAGCAGCAUUUCGACGCAAAGUAAUUCGUUUUGGGAGGUACGAGCUAUCGUAUACUCCAUUAAUCGAGCGAGCGUGA